UCAACUUCUCGUGUCCAAUUUGUGUAAUUUGUGAAUUUUCCGCUCUUUAAUUAGUGCCCAUCAUCGUUAGUAUUUAUCUGCUUUUUUAUCUGGGAACGAAAGUCUCUGUCUUCAUUACCACCCGUUAAUUAAUCUGGUGCUUGCGUGCCUAUGCUUCUUCCGGUGUGCCGACAAGUUGAUAGAAAUGGGGGUCGCCCUUGUUUCUGACCCUGUGCAUCUUGCCUUUUCCCCCAACUAUUGAUGGUUUGCUUGUUAAUUCGCAUCUGCCCGUUUCUGGGUUCCGGUUCUUCCCUGAUCUGAAUCGGGUUUUCAUUGCGUAGUCGCUUCUUGGGGAGUAGUCAAAAGCAACUUUUCCGUUACUUUGGAUCAUAAACUUCUCCUGAGAUCUGGCCUUUUACAAGCUCAAUAAUAUAUGGGCUGAGGUGCACUUUUCAUGGGAGGUGUUGAGGAUGAGAGUGAACCAGCCUCAAAACGCAUGAAGUUAUCAUCCAGAGUUUUGAGAGGUCUUGUAAACGGUUCAUCUCGUUCAGAGCCUGUAGCUGGCUCUUCGAUAGAUUUAAUGGCUCGGCCCCUACCAAUUGAAGGGGACAAAGAAGUUAUUGGUUCAAAGGGUGUUAUCAAAAGAGUUGAAUUUGUAAGAAUUAUAGCGAAGGCAUUAUAUUCCCUUGGUUAUGAAAGGAGUGGUUCUCUCUUGGAGGUAGAGUCUGGGAUACCAUUGCAUUCCUCUGUGGUAAACAUGUUCAUGCAACAAAUACUUGAUGGUCUUUGGGAUGAAAGUGUGGUGAUGUUACAUAAAAUUGGUCUCUCAGAUGAAAAUUUAGUGAAGUCGGCCUCUUUCUUGAUAUUGGAGCAGAAAUUCUUAGAACUUUUGGAGCAGGAAAAAGUCAUGGAUGCUCUGAAGACAUUAAGGAAGGAGAUCACACCUCUUUGCAUAAAAAAUAGCAGGGUACGUGAGCUUUCAUCGUGCAUUGUCUCUCCAUCAUCAUGUGGGCUUCUUAAUCAGAAUAAAGUAAAUAGUGCAAGAGCAAGGUCCCGUUCAGAGCUUCUGGAGGAAUUGCAAAAAUUACUUCCUCCAACGGUUAUGAUUCCUGAAAGGAGGUUGGAACAUCUAGUGGAGCAGGCCCUUGUCCUGCAAAGAGAUGCAUGUGUGUUUCAUAACUCUAUAGAUAAGGAAAUGUCACUGUACACUGAUCAUCAAUGUGGUAAAGAUCAAAUCCCUUGUCGAACUUUGCAGGUUUUACAAUCACAUAAUGAUGAAGUCUGGCUUGUGCAAUUUUCACAUAAUGGGAAAUAUUUAGCUUCUGCAUCCAAUGAUCGAUCAGCAAUCAUUUGGGAGGUUGAUGAGAAUGGCAGCGUCUCAUUGAAGCAUAAAUUGAGUGGCCACCAGAAGCCGGUUUCUUCUGUCUGUUGGAGUCCAGAUGACCGACAGCUUCUCACUUGUGGAGUUGGGGAGACAGUGAGACGCUGGGAUGUCUCUUCUGGUGAAUGCCUUCAUGUUUACGAGAAAGCUGGCCAUGGCAUCAUAUCAUGUGCGUGGUUUCCAGAUGGAAAAUGGAUAUGUUAUGGUGUUAGUGAUCGGAGCAUCUGCAUGUGCGACUUGGAGGGGAAAGAGAUUGAAUGCUGGAAAGGGCAGCGAACUCUUAGUAUUUCUGAUUUGGAAAUUACUAGCAAUGGAAAGCAGAUCAUAAGUAUUUGUAGAGAAACUGCAAUACUUUUACUUGACCGGGAAGCAAAAUUUGAAAGAUUGAUAGAAGAACCUCAAACAAUAACUUCUUUCUCAUUGUCGAAGGAUAAUAGAUACUUGCUCGUUAAUCUCUUGAAUCAAGAGAUCCAUCUUUGGGAUAUACAAGAGGAUCUCAAGCUGGUUGCAAAGUACAAAGGUCUUAAGCGCAGUAGGUUUGUAAUCAGAUCUUGUUUUGGUGGACUAAAUCAGGCCUUUGUUGCCAGCGGUAGUGAAGACUCACAGGUUUACAUAUGGCAGAAAGGCUCGGGGGAGCUGAUCGAGCCUUUGCCAGGUCACUCGGGAGCUGUGAACUGCGUGAGCUGGAACCCAGCAAACCACCACAUGUUGGCGUCGGCCAGUGACGACCGCACCAUCCGGAUAUGGGGCUUGAAUGAGCUAAACACGAGGCCCAAGGGUGGUCGCUCCAAUGGGGUCCACUACUGUAAUGGUAAUGGCACUAGCUGAAGAAGAAGAAGAAGAAAGAUGAUGGCCUGUCAGUCGCUGAUACUGCUUUCUUAGCCAUUGCUUUGGUGUAAAUACUCUUAUGUUCAUCUAAAAAGCGGACACAUUCAUGUCAGACCAAGCAUGUGAAUCCUCAGCGAACUUCCUGGUAAUAAAUUUCUGAUAUUUCAUCAUAA